GUGCCGGGGAGACCCGCGAUGGGCUCCGGCCGCUGCCGCUCGCUCCUGCCCGCGCUGCUGCUGCUGCUGGUGCUGCUGCUGGUGCUGCCCUCGGCGUGGGGUGACUGUGGGCCCUUGCCCAAUAUCAGCCACGCAGAGCCCACAGAGGACGUGAAAGACAAGCAGAGCUUCAGUGAGGGCUCCACGGUGAGGUUUGUCUGUGUCACAGGUUACACCAAACGCCCCUUCCUCUCCGACGCCGUCCAGUGCCUCACAAACUCCCAGUGGUCCCACCUCCCGGAGUUCUGUGGCCGUAGCUGUCCCAGCCCUCCAUAUGUGCCAUUUGCUAAAAUAUCACAGGAAGAUCAAGCACAGAAUUUUUAUCCUGUUAAUACCACGGUGAAGUACAUUUGCCGCCCAGGCUUUGAGAACACCACAGACCAGCUCCCCACCAGCACCUGUCUGGACAACUUAAAGUGGUCAGAAGUCCCUGAGCUGUGUAGGAGGAAAUCUUGUGGUAUUCCAGCAAGUCCAGAACAUGGCAAAGUUAUUACAGAUGAUCAUCUGCUCGGUGCAAAAGCCACUGUGGCCUGUGACCGUGGGUACAUCCUAGAGGGAGGCUCAGCUUCCAUCUUUUGUACCCUAUGGGGAAAUGAAGUUGUCUGGAGCCAACUUCCAGCUUGUCAGGCCAUUUCUUGUCCUCCUCCUCCAGCCAUUGCCCAUGGGCAGCACGAUGGCAACAGCACAGAGAAGUUCCUGUAUGACUCAGUCACCACCUACACGUGUGACCCUGGGCUGGAGCUCGUGGGGAACAAAUCCCUCCGUUGUACAACAGAGAACGGGGUCCUUGGAGUCUGGAAUGGGGCUGCUCCCGAGUGCAGGGUUAGCACUGCAGCAGAGACAAACCAAACUGAAUCCUCCAAAGGGAAUCCUUACUGGCUGGCAAGUAUCCUCAUCCCUAGUUGCAUUGUUCCCCCAGUAGCCCUUGGAAUUCUAGCUGGGAUCAUCAUGAGGCGGAAAGACAAUGAAAAACACUCUUAUAACAUGAAUUUACAAAAGCACAAGGUGAAGAAGGGAAGGGAUGCACCGAUGUGCCCGAAGAAGCAGCCCGUGCCAUGGAAUUCCUAUUUUUGCCACACAACGAGUUGCCACGUGUGUCCCACCUGCAGGAAGCAGCUGCACGAUGCCCUGGCCCCUCUCACGGUGCCCACGCGCCAGGGCUGCGCCGCCUGCGAGCACUGGCUGAGCACCAGCAAACCACGCACCUACUCGGUCCCCAGCAUUGGUGACAGGGAGAGCCAAAGCCCAGCAGGCACCAGCUCUCCUGCCAAAGCUGUGGAUGGGCAGAGGGGUCACGGUGCAGGAGAAGCUGGUCCAGAGUGGAGUGAGGCAGAGCAGCCCGUGGACCACAAAAGCAGCCACCACAUCUGCCCCGUCUGUGAGAACUGGCUCCGUGCCCACGUUGGACAGUUGGACAGCAGUGCUGUGGCACCCAGGGAGUGGCAGGAUGAGGGCCCGCGGGGCCCCGUCUGCUCUCCCUGCACGGACCAGCUGCACCUCUCCCUUGUCCACAGCGACACGUGGAGCAGCCCCGUGGUGUGUCCCCUGGCUGCAGAGGGGACCCCAGCCCACCUCGUGCCCCAGCACACCCCCAGCUGCCACGUGUGCCCCGUCUGUGCGGUGCCAACCCACACACACUUGUGCCAGCCCCGGCACCAGGCACCCGACGGAUAAAUCCAGCGGAUCUGCGGCAUCCUCGGGGCACGAGGAGGGGAAUUCUGACACUAAUCCCUGACACUGUGUGGAGUAAU